CUCAGCCCAGCUUUUCGUAAAUCUCUUCAGUGAAGGAGAGCAGAGAACCUUUUCAAAAGUGAGCGGGAGGAGGACGACGUUUUAAGAUCGUUGUCGCAAACCUGCUCCCUCUUUGGCCGCGCUUCGCCUCCAACAUUGAGUGCAAACACGAUCCGACCUCUCGGCUGACUGAGCUUUCAGCCGAGGAUUUCCUUUGAGCGAGCGACCCCCCGGUAGCGGAGGAAAUACCUUGAGCGCUGAGCUCAUUUGCAGCGGCGCACAUGGAAACCGAGGCGCCGCAGUGGAAACGGCUCACGCCGCCACGCUGCUCGUCCUGCUUUGUUAAAGUUGUACGUCUGCUGAGAAGAAAGCGUAAGAUGUUUGUUGAGUUGUGUUGUUGCUUUUAUUUUGGAUAACAAAUGAAAAAGCAGCCAUGGUUUUAGAUGGAAAUGCUGCAUUUGCGUUUGGACCGAUUACGCUGAUUAUCCUCGUAGACACCACGGCCCGGCUGAGUAUUUACCCACUUCGAGUUGUUGUUGUUAGGAAACAGCAGAUUACAAAAUAACUUUCAGGUAAGACAAGGUUACCUUCUGAAAACGACUUAAUAACAGUAAAAAAAAAGUAUUCACAACCCUUGAUCUUCUUCUAGUUUUGGGUUCUUGUGACUGUAGACCCAACACUUUCACUUUCGCAAAGUGUGUCUUUAGUAUCACAAAAGAAAAAGUUUGGUCUUCUUCGAGAUCUGUCUAAUAAAUGAAGAGCAUCUCAAUCUCCUCUUGCUGCCACAUGACCCGCGUCUGUCUGUGUGCCUCAGCCCAGCCUCUGCCGGCUCCAGCCCCCCUGACGAAGGCCUCAGGGGACCGCGGCGUGUCGGAGACGCCUCGGCGUGACCUUCCGAGUCCGACGUGUCCCCGAUGCGGCCUCCCCGUCCCGCAGAGCAGACCGGAACCUGCCUCGCGGCCCCAGAGCCGGCCGCAGGGCUCAGCGGCGUCGGGACGCGGCGACAGGAGCCGAAGCAAGAGAAGUGGGCCCGGACCCGACCGACCCGCUCCUGGAUCUGCAGACUCGUGCUUGGGGCUGCUGCUGGCGUGCCUGUGGUGCCAGUUCUCGGUGGCGCUGCUGGGCCUGCUGGAGGCCUGCUCCUCCUGCUGCCUCUGCUCCUCCUGCGUCCGCUGCUGCGCGGCCGCCCGCGACGCGCCUGGCGAAGAGCUGGGAUGUCCCGCCCACUGCCACUCGGUGCUGUUCGAGUCCUGCUGUGAGCCCGUCGAGUUCCUGGAGUUCUGCCUGGACUGCUGCGAGAUCUGCCACCGCAGCUGAGCCCCCCCCCCCCCCCCCCCCCCGGGGGGGAUGGGGACGGCAGACAUGCCUGAACUGACCCACCGAUGAGCAGAAAGUCUCUUUGUCUGAUCCAGAACUGAGAAUGGUGAGAAUUACUGGAGCUGAGACGAUUAAUCGUGAUUAAUCGUAAUUCGUCGUGAUUAAUCGUGAUUCAAUCAUUUGUUGAAAUAAUCGUGAGUUAAUUUAACUAUUGAUUAAUUGCUAAUUCGACUAAUCAAACUCAAAAAAUGGUCAUUUGCAAUCUCCCCCCCCCCAAAAAAAACAACAUAUUUGAGAGACCAACUGGGUAAAACCGUACAAAAAAAAUAACAAACAAAAAACGGCUUCCAUUUUACUCAGAAUUAUUUAACCCUCCUGUUAUGUUCGUUUCUGAGGCACAGCAAUAAUGUUUGGGGAGUGUUUAAUCAUGCAAUAGUGUCAGAA